UGGUCCAACAGGCAGCUGUGGGUUCAGUUAAGGUAAAAAAGGCCGAACACAUGUUUAAUUGUGUCGCCGCUGGGCUGUCCUCCCACAGUGUUGUUCAUACUUACAGGAUCGAGUGACAGCGUGCGGACACUGGUUAUGGUUUUUUUUCACUUUUUCGGAUCGUUUCUGGGAUCGGCGACGUCAAGCUAGGAAAAAUUUAGCCACUAUAAUUUCAAAACAAAAGCGUCGCAGUUUGUCCGGUUGGAUAAAAGUAUAGAACAUAAUGCAGGGUGACAUGCUUGGGGCAAUUUAGAAAUGGUGCUGGCACAUAGUUUUUCCCAGGUGAGUGACUGUCUGCAGCACAUGAAGCAGAGUACACAUCACAGCUGAGCAGACAGUGGUGUGAGGUCAAGCAGGUAAGCUGCAAACUUGUGUGUGAAAUGUGUUGUUGGAAAGUUAGAAAACCAGAAACCUAUUUUUCUUUAACUUCCUAAUAUAAUUAUAUGUAUUUGUGUGCUGAUACAUGGUACAGUUGAGUCCUAAUUGAAUAACAAGAUCAGAUAUUUUGGUCAUGCUGGUAUGUAAUUCUGUUGUCUGUCCUAUAAUCUUGAACUAUUGUUUACACUUAUACUGCUCUGUCAGCAAGUGUCGUACAAACAAACGUAUUUUUAUUUAUUUAGCAAAGAUCCAUCAACUAACAUUCAUGUCUGUUUGCUGGCAUUUCCCACAGGCCUUUGGCAGAAAUUUUUGUUGUUUGCACCAUGGAGUACUGUGGUGCAAACAACAGUACUUUUUUGUAGACUAACUCCAAAGGCUUUGGGCUUUAUACAGUUAGGUCAGCAAUUUACUGGGUAAAGAAAAUUUCUGUAAUUUUCCCUCUGUACAAGUUUGUUAUAAAUCAAACUGUCAAUAUGUGGUUGAAGUAAGCUGAAGACAUACAAAAAUGAAAUGCAAUUUGCAUUUACUAUUUAGGAAUUACAACUAUUACAAGAGACUUACAAAUAAUUUGACAAACAAUUUUAAAUAUAAGAAUUGUUAUUUGUGUUAUUUAUUUACCAAAGUCCUUCACACUAAAUGACUACCUGAAGUCUAGAACCCAUGGACGUCACCAAAUGCUGUGUUUCCUUCAUUGAGAAGCUCUUCCAGGCCUUUACUGCAGCCAUUUUCAGCCACUGCUUGUUUGGGGGCCGUUCUGUAUUCAGUUUUGCAUUAAAUGAUCGAACAUUGCUUUGUUGAGCUGAGCUCAAGCGACAGACUUGGAUAUUGAAGAAAAUAUUUCUUUGCCAUUAGAAACUGUUGAGUUGCUUUUGCAGUAGGCUUUGGGUACAUAUCCAUUUGCACUGUGAGGCGCAGAAUCUGGACAGAUGUUUCCUCUUGCCACUUCUAUCAGCAAACAUCUCAUCAAGAAAUCCUAGUGACCCAGUUCCACUGGAAUAAUGCUCCCUCCACCAUAUUUGACAGAUGAUGUAGUAUGCUUUUGUCUUUGAGAAUGCUUUUCUCAACAUUGUGGUGCAGACUAACUUUGGUAUAUUCUUGUAAAGUCUUAUCUGGUUUUCCUGUUCUUGAGUGUAAUUAGCUCUGUAUUUCCAUUCUUAAAUUUGUCUUUUGAUUGUUACCUUGACAAUGAUUGCCUCACCUGUUUCCUCUGUUCUUCACCUGGUUAGAUGUUGUCAAGUUGUUCUUAUCAACCAAGGAAAUUCUGUCAUCAUGCACUUUAGUCGUCUUCUUUUAGCCUUAGUUGUCUUCUGACCCGUGCAGAAUCUACCAAAUUGUUGGGUCCAGUAUGCCAAAGGAACAGCCUUCAUUGGAUCAGCACAGUCCUUGUGCUGCACCCAGCAAGAAAGUUAAAGAUAAGAGCAACAAUACAGCUCUACUGGCUAUACGUGACACUAAAGACAAAGAUGACUCAAGCAGGAGGGGCUCCCACUGCAGCUCGGAGAAGGACUCUGGCUUCUCUGAUGGUUCAGACUGGCAACAGGCAGAUGUGGAGGACCAGGAGAGAAACAAAAGCCAGUUCAGAGCCAGUGAACAUGCAGAAACGUCACAAAACCAAGAACGUAUGCAAAGGAAUCUUGGAAAGCAUUCUGUGAUGCCUGAUGGUCAUGACCAGCCACCCGUUUACAUGAUCAAGGACACGAUGCUUAACCAGCAGUCAGACGUGACACAGAAAAGAGGCCAGCUUCUCUGGAGAAACAGCGUCACUGACAUCAACCAUUCGGGUUCUCGUCAAAUGAUCCUUCUCCAGCAGCCAGGAUUGUUGCCUGCUACGUUCCAGCUAUCAAAGCCCUUGUCCCGAAAGUUAAGUGCCUCAGAAAGGAAAAUACCUGGUUCCUACUUACCCAUUCUGAACUCCUACCCACGCAUAGCACCACAUCCCAGCAAGAAGCCACCGGAUAAAUAUUUGAUCCACGAAUCCCAGAGUCUCAGCAAGAGGGUGUGCUCAGAACAAAAGAGUGAUGGCCCGUCUGUGACCCGAAAUCUGCCAGAGCAGCACCUUCAUAAACAACCUAAGUUGGCACUCUCAGCGACUGGCAUGCCGUGUUCUUCUCCACCCCAAGAUCAACUGUCUGCCUCAAGUCCCACCCCUACUUCCAUGAGCCAGAGAUCCCCAUCUGUAUCCAGUCAGGACACCAGCUACUCGUUAUUCACAACCAGUUCGGCUGGACUUAACAGAGAUGUCACCACCAGUAUUCGCCACCGACGUUUUCUCAACACAGUAAAAAUCCUCAGACAGUCCGGUCUGCUGGACAUUACAUUGUGCACAAAGGAGUUGAUGCGUCAGAGCAAUGCCACAGAGCGGGACCUCUCCCAGCUGCGGCAGCACACAGAGCUGCUGUGCCAGGCUGCCAGCAACCCCAGCCUCAAUCUAAAUGGUAUCACUAUUUGGGAGCACCUCCAUCAAGCUAUGGCUGAGUCAGGAAAUUAUCCCAACCUUAAAAUCCUGCAGAAUAUCCAAAUCUCAACUGUGCCAGGUUCUGCCAGUCCAUCAGAAAGGAUUUCCAAAGGGGACACCAACAGGCCACAAGCUGCUGAGACCACACAAGCCCUGCCAACGUGCCUUCUCAGCACCAUGCUAGCGCAACACUGUGGUGCACAACAGCAGCCACAGUCAAAACAAGACAGGAAGCUCAAGGCCAGUGAGACAUCCUUAGACAAAGGCAGCUUUACGCCUCCUGACAGUUCUACUGGUUAGCCCAGUUGGCAGUGCCUUUUGAAGGGUGAGUUUUAGUUGUGGACAUUUAGUUUUAUGAAUAUUUUAAACCCAGUGUUACAGGAGUCAUGCAGAAAAUCUCUGUAGGUCCAUGGAAAUCAAACAAAGACAUAGCUUUAGUCCUUACUGUGCAUGUCACAGUUUUCGGACUUAAUUAAUGGCUUAAUGCACUUGAGUGCAAUCAAAGACCAGAUUCACUAUCUGAUGACAGAUGAUGGUAUGAUGUCUGCUUGAGAUGCACUUAAAGAAGAGAAAAAAACGUGUUUCCCUGGGAGAAGGGAAGGGGAGUGGCACUUCAUGCAGUGGUGACAUCUGCAGUAUAUAUUAUCAAGUUUGGUUGUUUUGCUGUUGUUUCAAACCAACCACAUUCAGGGAAAGAUGAAUAGAAACAGUUCUUUUAUACCUGUAUCACCAACAUCAGGGUGAUUAUUCUGUGCCUUUGAUAGCACAGCUGAAGCUAAAGACUCAAAAUAUAAACUGCACAACACUACACUGGACAUGUGGAUUUCUGUCCAAUCUCUUUUCCACAAAGCCUUAAAGCUUUUUUUUCUUUUUUUUUAACAUCACAGGCUGUUGUUGUUGUUGUUGUUGUUGGUUAUAACAAUUUUCUUUCUUUUACAAACACAGCACACAUCUCAUGAUAAUGGAAGCAAUUCUGCAACGAGCUCUAUGUAUCCAGUCAUACCACAUCCUCUCAUGUAGCCGCUUUAUUUUUUACUUUCGUCUUACUUUUUUUUUUUUUUUGAUCAAGCCACUAAUUGUUGCUUUUAUAUGGUGAUUUGUUUUGCUCGUAGAAAAGCACACUUUGCUUUAUAAAUUUAAAAAUUUGAGUAUAAACAUAUGCUGUUGUUUUUGUUUUGUGUUUUUAAUGCAUGGGGUAUGUGCAAGAUUAUUCUCUCUUUCUGCAUAUGAACACAUUUGUGAAACUUAAGGUGGUUUUAAAUGCUAAGUUUUCAUAAUUAAGCUA